AUGUCGAAUCAGGCGUUAAGUGAUAAUGCAGCGCAAGUCGCAGAAGGUGGUGCAAAAAGUGGAUUUGAAGUCAUAGCAAAACGAAUAAUAAUGAAUAGAUUAAAAUGUCUUUGGAAAUAUAUGGAGGAAGAAAAAGAUGAUGGAGUGGAAGAGAAGGAGAUGGAAGAAGAAGAAGAAGAGGAAGGGAGCAGUGAAGAUGAAGACGAGGAGGAGGAGGAGGAAGAAGAGGACGAGAAUGAGAGCAGUGAAGAUGAAGACGAGGAGGAGAAGGAGGAAGAGGACGAGAAUGAGGACAGUGAAGAUGAAGAAGAGGGACAGAAAGAUGAUGAUAUAGAAGAAGAAGAAGAAGAGGAAGGGGAGGAAGAAGAAGAAGGAGUAGAGAUAGGAGUGGAGGAAGUUUUGGAUAUAGAGCUAGAGGAAGAGGAGGAGGAUGGUCAAGAGGGCGAAGGGGAGGAAGAUGAAGGUGCCUCCUCAAGGUUUUUAUGUGAUUUUAAAAGGUAUCCAUGGGAAUUCGGUUUUUGGUACAUGUUAGAAAAUAUAAUAAAUUCGGUCUUGGCUUAUAAAAGUCUCAAUUUUUUUGUUUCGUGUGAUUACAACUGUAAAUCACUGAGUACAUUUAAUUAUACAAAACAUAUGGAAAAAAGGCGUCACGCUUACCAUUUUUUGAAUUCUGAUAGUGGUGUAUGUCAAUGUAAUCAGACACACAACUAUUGUAAGCAUAUCACAACUAGUGUCAACAAAGUAAUCUCUCAAAAUGAAGGCUGCUGUAAAUUUCAAAGGAGAGGUGAGCAAUUUGUACAGCUUUGUACGAAAACAGCCAGUGACAAGCGUUUACCCAUUAAUGACACCAAUGAACGCCCCAUUUUAUGCACUCACUGUCAAAGUUCGAAAGAAUGGACCAAACAUUGUUUUGCUUAUUUUGAUAUUUGA